AUGACGAUGACCGAAGUGAAACAUUGUUUUUUGGAUGACGAUGAACAUGAAUGUUGUAUUGAUAUGUUGCACGAAACCAAAAAAGAUAACACAUUACCUUUAAUUACAAUGACACCACAAAUGCCAGCUACUGUAAGUUCCUUUAAAACUUCAAUCUAAUUGUUUUUGAUUGUGGAAUUAUUGUUUGCAGAUAAAAACUCAAGAUCGGCCAGUUGUAUUGUAUAUGGCUCCGGUCGCCAAACAAGCCAGUAAUUGUAUUUGCCCAAAACCUGAUGAGGAUUUAUCGUCUGGUGUUCGAAAUGUGCAUAUUUGA